CACAGGAAGUAGAGAAACUGUAGCAAUGCUGUGCAGUUAGCAAGCCGUUAGCGACCAAAAGGGACGAGUUUGCGUCAAAACUCAACUCGAAAUGCUUUAUAAUGCAUCAUGAAGUGCAGUAAAGUUUCAUUUAAUUAGAAGAACUGCAUGUUGUUGUUAAAAGCAUGUCGGAAAGAAAACGAAGAAGAGAUAAGGAGAGUGAGGACAGACGGGAGCACAAGAAACACAAGACAUCCAAAAAUGAACUGGAGAAACUGAAGACACAAACGAAGAAACUCAACCAGGAGGUACAAAAACUGAAACACAUCGAGACUUUUUAUGAAAAGCCCCCACCAGGGUUCAUUAAGGAGCACGAGGAAAAACCAGAAGACUGUAUUCCUGCUGAUCCUGGAAAUGAAGACGCCAGGAACUUCCUGGCACACGCCCCCACCAGGGGGCUCUGGAUGCCUCUGGGGAAGGAGGUGAAGGUGAUGCAGUGUUGGAGGUGCAAGCGCUAUGGUCACAGGACAGGAGACAAGGAGUGUCCAUUCUUCAUCAAAGGCAACCAGAAACUGGAGCAGUUCAGAGUUGCUCAUGAAGAUCCCAUGUAUGACUUAAUCCGAGAAAACAAAAGAAAUGAAAAAGAGACCAGGAUUCAGCAACUGCAGCAGCUGCUCCAGGACACUACCUCUUCCUCCUCAGAUUCAGACAGCUCUUCCUCGUCGUCUUCAGACCAUCAUCGCAAGAAGAGGAAAAAAAGGAAGGACAAGAAGAAGAAGGAGAAGAAAAAGAAGAAAAGGAAGCGAAAGCACAGAUCGUCUAAAACCGACAACUCCGAUUCAGACUGAAGCUAAUGUAGGAAGGGCAAAUGUAGAACUUGGAUGUAAAAUCCAGUUUGUCCUGCAGAGUGCUCUGGGGAGGCUCUUUUAAGCCUUUCUCGGAGGAUUCACACUGUAAAACUGUAAAUCCACUAUGCAUGACUUCUCUCAGCUGUUUGGUUCCCCUCUCCGUCAUGACUUGGCCAGACCUGCAUGAUGAUCUGAAGACAAAAAAAGCAGCAUUAUUUAUGAUUGUAUUUUUGCUUCUUUUAUGUUAAUCUGUUCAUUUCGUCCAAAAGUGAUUGUAACAUGUUGAAUUCAGAGAGGUGGAAAAACUCCUAAUAAAAAGCUGCAGUUGGUUCAUGUUUUCCACUGUAGCCAGAAUGUUUGGAUGCUUGUAAAGGCCCAGAAAUGCUUGGAAUGACUUGAGGUUGGACUAUGCUCAUUUGCUCUAUAAAAAAAGACCACAGAAAUGAGAAAAGAUUGUAUGUGAAUAAAUUGUCUGUGUCCAGAGGAUAAAGAAGUCUCUUUUAUUUUAUUCUUUGUAGCUGUAAAAAAAAAUGUCUGUCAUCUUUGGCCUCGAUUUAAUGUGCUUGACUUUUUUUUUUGUGGGGGAUGAUAUUUUGAACAUAGUGUUGAGAAGCUGUGUGGAGCUCAGACCAUUAAGAGAGAACUGGGCUGACCUUUCUGCAAGAGCCACAACACUUUUCCUCUGAACAUCUCUGCUUUACUGAAUACUGCAGUGUUUCUUAAAUGCCCUUCUUUACUCCGCGAUCCCAACAACAUGGAUUAGCCCACGAUUAAGAAUUUGUUACAUUUUGUCAAAAAACUCACCAAAAGUAUGUACUCCGCUUUUUAAAUUUGUACGGCUAUUGCCAGAAACUGUAUUUUGUCUAGAAAAUAAAAUACAUUUUAAAGAAAAA